AUGACACUGCUAGUGGUUACUAUUACUACGGUGGAUCCUUUGAUGGAGACGAGAAGUAAGACGGCGGUUAAAGGAGAAGAGAAGAAGGAAGCAACGUCGCCUGCUCUUAGACUCACGGCAGUGGAAUUGUCACAGAUGGGGGAGAAGAUGGAGCAUCUCGGAGACGGUAAAGAGAGUUGUGACGAGAAAAUUGAAAAAAACCCAGUAGAUUAUUUCAAUUUCAUAACUUCAUCUUCAUAUGAACAGAAUGAAAGGAUUCUUCGAAAGGCCUUCUCUGAUGUUUCUUUGGAGAGAAAACGAAAUAUAAGCGAAAAAGACGAGCAAGAACAAGACCGAGAGCUAGAAGUGAAGCAAGUGAAAUGUGAUUGUUGUGGUAUAGAAGAAGAAUGUACUAUGCAAUACAUAGACAAAGUUAAAGACUUGUAUUCAGGCAAUUGGGUUUGUGGUCUUUGUGCCGUAGUGGUCACUGAGAGAUUUCGGAAAGAUCCCCCUACAGCCACUGGGAUACAAGAAGCCUUUGACUGGCACAAAGGAAUUUGUGAUGCCUUCAAUUCUACUACAAGAGUGAACCCUAAACUCGAUUUCGCACGGUCAAUGAGAGAGAUCGCUAAACGAAGCAGUCAGAAUAGGAUGUCCGACUUUUCGUUAGGUUCCAAAAUUGCUCGAACAAUCAGUUGUGACCCAAGGCUCGAGACUUGA